AUGGACAGAUGUCCGAAUGGCAUAGGUCCGAAUGACGUACGUUCGAAUUCUCCAGAAUAUACGACGUCCGAACAUAAAGAUUCUCAUUGUCUCAUGGUUAUUGAAGAAAGUAGGUCUUUAGAUUCUAGCAAGGUGACUCUUAUCCUUGAGAAGGGAACCAACGAUGAUGAUCCACCGAAGAUUGAUUAUGAGAAAACCCAAGAUGAGAAGAAUUUCUAA